UAGCACCAGGAGAGAGAAAGCAGACCGGGAGAGCUAUUAGCAGCAGCAGAAGAACACCCGAGAGCUCCAAGAUUUUUUAAACAAUAUUAUUUUAUUCAAGUUUACCUGUUGCUAAAAGUAUAGUCCUCCUCACUAAGAAAUGAGAGACAACGUGGAUAGAAUGGAGAAUACUGUGGUCAGUUUGUCACCUUGUGAGACCCGCCUGUCUAAGGAUUAUUCUCCUGACUGGACUCUGUACAUCCCUGCUUAACUGGAUAACCAACACACUGUAGGAAACAUGAACACUGAGUCUCUGGACAGGUCCAUCCAGAACACUCUCUCAGCCCUCUUUCCCCCCUUCGAGGCCACAGCCCCCACCGUCCUGAGCCAGCUCUUCCAGGUAAUAGAGGAACGUUACCUUGGAGACGCCCUCCAGUGUCUGCUGGACUUUCUCAUCCCAGCCAAACACAUCCUUGAGAGUGUUCAGCAGGCUGCCUGUGCCCAGUACUCUGAUGUGGUGUUCCGCUGUGAGGGCUGGCCUCUGUGUCUGCAUGAGAAGGUGGUGAUCCAGCUGGCCCCGAUCAACCCCCUAUUGCUGUGCCCAGGGGAUUUCUACUUGCAGGUGGCUCCCUUCUCUGAGCAGGCCGCCCGCAUCGUGGUCUGGAGCCUGCUGGAGGAGGGACAGGGUCAGGAGGUGGAGGUGGAGGAGACACCCAUCCCUGAGACCUCCUACCCCUGCAUCUUCACUGAGGACUGGCUAGGGGAGCUCAACCAAGGACGCCAUGGUACUCCACUUAGCCACUGUAUCCUCUCCACAGACCAGGGCAUGGUGAAGGUGCCAUGGGCGCAGGUGACUCUUCCUGAGUUUGUGGAUAAACCCAGAACUAUGGCCUCAUCAUCUCUUCCCCUGGCUGCUGUUCAACAGGAGGUAGUGGCAGGGCCCGGGCCCUCAUUGAUGCUGCCUCACCCUGCCCCUGCGUACUCUGUGGAGACUAGGAUCUCUCCUGCUAAACAUGGCAUUGCGGUGUCGCUGCGUCUGGUGGACAGUAACUGCUCCAGGCUGGUUAAGGUGGAUCAGGAUGGGCCUGUGGCUAAGCCCAUAGGCUGGGUGUCUCCCAACACAUGGGACAGCCGCAGCAACAACACCUCUGAGGUUGAGGGGGAAUACGUAGAUUUGGUGGAUUUCACUAAAGAGAAAGAAGCAUUGCUCCUUAGUGGGGCUCACAGUCACAAACACCCCAGAGCGCUCAUGUUUAGGCCUGUUCCACUUAACAGGCCUGGUGUUCCUCUGGCUCCAGCCCUGCCCCCGUCCUUGGCCCCAGCCCUGGUCCCCAACUGGCCCGUCAGGGAACCCUCACACUGCGGCCGGACCAUCCAGUCCUCCGAGGAGUCCCCCUGCACCCCUUGCAUGAGGAGGAGAAUGGGCCAGGUGUCCAAAGCACAGGAGCUCAGGUGCCGGUACAGGGAGUCUUACCAUUCAGCACUGCAGAAUCCUGUUACCUUUGAGAGAGACAAUAGACUGAAUACACUGGCAGUUCUGGAGGAGGCUAGUCCAUGUGAGGGGAGGCUGGAACCAGAGGGUAAAGAACUAUGUCCUGGUGUCUCCCAGCAGUGCUGCCAUCCAGACCCAGGACAUCAUGACCAGACUCCCCCUGUUAAAACGGUUACUUGUAGGGAGUAUGGAGAAAGCAACACUAUAUCCAGUGGAAUUCUACAAGGCCUGAGUGACACUAUAGAGAACGAUGGGAGAUGUCCCUCUUCUCUGUCGACCACUGUUGUGGACACAUCAGAGAAUUGUGAAGUAGUAAUACAAGGAAGAAAAAUUAGGAGGGAUAUUGUCUCAUCUACAGAGAUGAUUCCUAGCUUACAUGUAGUGAAAUGUAAAAACGCCACAGCUUUUGGACUGGUUUCCCCAAAGAUGAACAGGCAGAGACUGCCCAAAGAUGUCUCCCAGGCUGGCCAACCCUCCAUGCCUGUUAGACACGGACACCAGACCCCUCCACCGGCCCCACCCCCUGAGACAACUCAACAGCCCCCGGGUCACUAUGCUGUGUCCAGGUCUAAUGUCCAGGCACCAGAGUCAGCAGAACCCAGCACUCACCCCCUCCAGAUGGGAAUAGCAUGUCUUACUGGUGGCAGAGACAGGACGGGUCGGUUGGUGGUUGAGGUUUACGGUGACCAGGAAGGUUGGAGAUCUCCUUCAGUGUCUAGUCUGGAACUCUGCAAACUCCUGCUCUACCUCCACUCUGUAAUCAGGAGAGAACUAAGAGAACUUGGAAUGACACUAGUUAUUGAUGCUCGGCAGAAUCCACCUCCAUCACAGUUCAAUAAGGCCUUGUUGAUGCUUCAGGAGCAGAUUCCCCAUGCAGUACACAGUGUCCUUAUUCUGGUGGAGAAAGAGAGCUGCCAUCGUCCAGAGAAAUGUCCUGGACAACGGAUUGAUGUAGUGACAUCACUGAAGGCGUUGCACAAGAUGGUGGAGGGGAGCCAGUUGACCUACGGCCUAGAGGGCACCCUGCCCUACAGCCACCAGGACUGGCUGCAGCUCCAUCAGAAACUUCAUCCCUUCAUGUCAGAUCUCCAGGAGGCUUCAGGUUUGCUACUGAGGGCCAUCAGGAAACUAGAGGGAGGUCGUAAGAUUGACAAAGUGCAGGAUGUACAGAGGUGUAUUCUAGAACAGAGAACACUGAUGAAGGAUGUUCUGGAGGACAACCGGUUGGUCGCUCUGCAAAGGGAGGGCGGAGCCAUGCUGGCAAGGCUGAGGAGGGAGAGUGACCUCAGAUACUCUCACUAUGAGGAUUACAGUGAUGCUGUAGACUCUGUGACCUGUAUGUACAACCAUGUAGAGGAGCAGGCCCAUGUGCUGGUGCAAAGAUCCAACAUGUCCCUGGAGCACCUUGAAUACCUGCUCCAACUCAGAGAAAUGGAGGGCCACUUCUCUAAGAUCAGGGAAUGGUUUGAUGCCGAAGGGGAACGGCUGUUGCUGGAGGCAGAAUCGGUGGAGGACUCCAGAGAAAGAGUUGCGCAUACUCUCCAGAGUUUCAGUGUAUUCCUCUCUGAAGCCAAUGAGCAGAAGCACCAGGUUAUGGCCCUGUUGACAGAGGCAGAGAAGAUCCAGGGCCCAUCUCCAUACCCUGAGACUGAGGUGUUCAGGACCAUGGUGUGCACUUUCAAGUCUGGUCUGGCUGACUUCCUCUCACGGGCGGAUAGGUGCCGCAGUGAGCUGGAGACUAUGGUCUCUGUGUGCAACUUCUGUGAACAGGCUACUGAGCUGGCCAAAAACUGCAGACAAUACCUGGACCAGGAGCAGGUUGGCAGACACCCAGAGACGGAUGAUGUCUCUACACUCCAGAUGUACCAGGAGAGCUUUGUCCAGUUCUCCCCAGAGCGCUUCCAGGAGGUGAAGGCCCAGGCGUGUGCUCUGAGGGGCUCCAGGGGCAUGCGGGUGUGGAACGUAGCCUGGCUCAAGUGUCAGGAGGUCAGACAGCAACUGGAGGAGAGACUGCAGGAUGUGGAGAGGGCCUUGAGGAACACAGGCCCCUGGCAAGAACAACAUAGACCUGGUGAGGAUCAGGCCACGGCUCAGACAGUGACUCAUCAUGAUAGAGCUCUGUUACUGCCCAGACCUGGUCCACCACACUGGUACAAUCCCCCAACAGGCUCUAUGGUGGGAAGGUAUCAUGGGACCUUGGAGAGCAGGAACAACUCUGUGACCUGCUGUAAUAUCAACUUCAAGUAUGAGAAUAACAGACCUUGUAAAGGGUCAAAGGCCACCACUGUGCAGGCCUCUCCCAACAUCAAAUCCAUUAGGAUAGCGGAGAGGGAGCCCAGCAGGAGAGAGGCCUGUCGAGGAAGGAGCGGAGAGGCCGCCACCCUUGCAGACUCACAGACGGUGGGCUGUGAGUGGUUCCCGUGGCAACGUGGGGACCUGGGCCGGUCCAUGAGCGAGGACUCGUGUGCGACCGCCAUGUCCAGUCAGUCUGAGGCUCGGGUCCAGACACCAUCCUGCUCCCACGGGCAACCCUCCUGCCGGAUCCUGCAGGCCGCUCAAAAGUUCCAGAUCUCACGGCAUGGCAGCUUCUGCUCAGCGGAGUCCUGUAGUGGCCGAGAGGGGAAUACUAGCUCAUCAGUGAGGAGGUGUAAGGGAACAACAUCUCUAGGAAGUCCAGAGGAGAACGCUGGCAGUGUAAUGAAGCUGCAGAGGAUCAUGGAGGAGCUGCUGUUAACAGAGAGGGAGUAUGUGCGCUCCCUGGGCUACAUCCUGACGCACUACCUCCCACUGCUGGAGAGGACUGACGUGCCUCAGGACCUGCGGGGCAAACGUGGAGUGAUAUUUGGAAACCUGGAGAAACUGUAUGACUUCCACAGCCAUUUCUUCCUCAGGGAGCUGGAGGCCUGUCAGACAGAACCCUUAGGAGUGGCUCGCUGCUUCCUAAGACACAGAGACAGUUUAGGCCUUUAUGCUCUCUACAGCAAGAACAAGCCUCAGUCAGACGCCUUAAUCCUUCACCAUCGCCAUGACAUCUUCAAGAGGAAGCAGCAGGAGCUGGGGGACCACAUGGACCUGUCCUCCUACCUGCUGAGGCCCAUCCAGAGGAUCAGUAAGUACAGCCUGCUUCUGCAGGACAUGCUGGGGGUGUGUGGGCCUCAGAGAGACAGGGACAGGGAAGAGCUCCAGGCUGCAGUCGAUGUGGUCCGCUUCCAGAUGCGACAUAGCAAUGACCUCCUCACCAUGGACGCCAUCCAGGACUGUGAUGUGAAUCUGAAGGAGCAGGGCCAGCUGAUUCGCCAGGAUGAGUUCAUCGUGUUCUUCAGAAAGAAGAAGUGCUUCCGUCGUAUCUUCCUCUUCCAGGAUCUCAUUCUCUUCAGCAAGACCAAGAAGACAGAUGUGGGCAAUGAUGUGUACAUCUACAAACAAUCUUUCAAAACGUCUGAUAUCGGGAUGACACAUAACUCUGGAGAGAGUGGUCUGUGUUUUGAGAUCUGGGUCCGGAGGAGGAAGUCCCAGGACACGUACACUCUGAAGGCUGACAGGGCAGAGGUGAAGAGGUCCUGGACCAGAGACCUGGAGCAGAUUCUCUGGGAACAAGCUGCCUACAGCAGAGAGCUGCGGAUGCAGGAGAGGGUGUUCAAUGGGAUGGGGAGGAAACCUUUCAUGGACAUCCAGCCUAGCGAGGCAGCAAUCUGUGAGAGGACCGUCAACUGUGUCCUGCUAGGAAGAGCCCUGGUGCCGUCUUGUCCACAAACAGAUCUUGAAUUUCUCCGGCCCAACUCCAUUGGUUCAGGCAGUAGUGCCUCUACCUCCUGCAGCCACUCAUCUUCCUCCUCUGGACGAGGUUCAUUACCUCCGGUUCGUUACCCUGGUAACCAGACACAAGGUGGGGAGACCAAUCAUAUGGUCUAUUCUUUCCCGGCGACUGUGACGGUGACGGAAGAGGAUCUCAGUAAUCAUCAUAAUCACCAGAAACAAAACCUUAAUCUCAUGGGCUGCACAGAGUCGUCGGGUGAGAGUGCCAGUGUGUUCAUCAGCUCGGAGCGCAGCUGCCUCUCUGCCAUUGGUGGAGAGGUGGAGGACUCGUCAUCAGUCACGUCCCAGAGUUUCCAGUCCCAUGUCACCCAGAGAACAGCAGCACCCAGUCUCAGGAAGAACAGCUCACCUGCUACCAUCAGGAAGAAGCCCUCCAUCGCUCCCAAACCACCAGCGCUGGCUGCUCCUCAGAGCCUGCAAAAGGGCAAAGAAAUGGUUGCAAUAGGAAAAUCAACAGAAGUUUAACCUGUGGAUUCAACGGAUGGUUUUAUCCAGUCAGCCUACUGAGAACAUGCUAUGGAUCUCUGAGGAGUGAUGAUGGAGUGCAGUCAAGCUGACCAUUCUGGCAAGAAGAAAGUUUGAAUUAAAAUUGUUUUUGAUAACAGAUACAGUAACUAGGACCUCUAGUUGAAAAGCACUGAAGAGAAAGUCACUUUUGUUUUUAAAGAGCUACUGUAUCUGGAAUAUUCUAGCUGAAAUAUCAUGAAAAUGAACACCUGAUGGACUGUGGUUAGUUUAAAGGGCUUAUGGUGUCCAUUCAUCUGAUAUACUACUUAAGCAACCACUUCUUGAUCAACUACUGCUUUAACUGAACGACUAUGCGUUUGCCAUCAUUGGCUCAUAGAACUGACUACCUUUUUUCUUGUAAUAUGAUUAAUAUUUCAGCUAUGAAUUUCAAUGUUACAAAUUUAUUUGGAAUUUGACACAUCCUUCCCUUGUGAUGUUGACUCUCUUGAUUACCCAAUUUUUACACACAUUUAACGCUGUUUAUAAUAACAAUGUAGACAUUGUCAAACUCAAACAACUGGCGAAAGAAACAUCAGUCUUGUUCCCAUCAGUUUUCUCUGCAGGCUCAGGGCAACUUGUCAGUGGCAUGCUUAGAUAUGAUUUGCUGCCCAGACAGGUAAAUAGAUUUGGGAUCAACUAUCCAGGGUCAAAAUAAGCCCACUGACAGGUGGGAAAGCAGAGUAGCCAAUCGAGGAUUUGGACAAUGCGCCAUUUAAGGUAAUUUCGGAUUAAGCCAACAUAUGCAGCGUUUACCAUGAAUGUGGUCUCCGUGAACACAGGAAUAUU